AUGCUGCCCAUCCGUGCGAGGACCUCGGAGGAUGUGGCCACCGGCGAAGUCGUGCAUGGUGCUGACUUCGUGCCCGACUUCAUCCUCAGAGUCUCUGUUGCUUGGGUAGAGUCAUCUUGUGAGGGGCGCCAGAACAUCGUCAUCAAUGGCACAUCUCCUGGUCCAGCCAUCUACCUUCGUCCAGGGAGCAGUCCCUGGAUCAGAGUCUACAAUGACAUUCCGGAUCAGAACUUGACUAUGCACUGGCAUGGCAUCGCGCAGAGGCUGGCUCCCUUUGCCGAUGGUACUGCGAUGAUCUCUCAAUGGCCCAUCCCCCCUGGACAUUACUUCGACUACCAGAUCGCCCUGGAACCCGAUGAUGCGGGCACAUACUUCUACCACUCCCACGUCGAGAUGCAGGCUUUGAGCGCCUCUGGUCCUUUGAUCGUUGAUGAUUGUGCCUCGUUACCGUACCAUUAUGACGACGAGCGUAUCUUCCACUUCAUGGAUCAUUUCAGCAAGUCUGACGAGGAGAUUGUUGAGGAUCUCACCAGCUCACCAUACAAUUUCCCCGGAGAAUCCAAAGGCGUCUUGCUGAACGGAAAGGGUAUUGCCGUUGGAUACACUCCCUCGCCUGGCCCUCCGGGAGGGCCCAACGGUUUCUUUGGUCUCCGUGUCGGCAACCAUCCUGCCUGUGUGGCUCCCUCGGAGCCCGAGCCCGUGGAGUUUCAGCCCGGCAUGGAUCAGAUUGAGCAGACCAGCGACUGCACUCUGCCCGUCAUCGACGUGGAGCCUGGCAAGAUGUAUCGCUUUCGUUUCAUUGGCGCCACCGGUCUGUCGUAUAUUGCUAUUGCCUUCGAAGGCCAUGAGACCUUGAGCAUCAUCCAGACUGAUGGCACUGAGUACAAUGAGCCCGUGGUGACCGAUCACAUCCAGCUCGCAGCCGGUCAGCGUUUUGAUGUCCUCUUCAAGACGAAGUCACUCGAGGAGCUGCAAAAGGAGGGCCGGAAUUUUUACUACAUCCAGUAUGAGACCCUCCAUCGUUCGGACACCUAUCGCGGCUACGCAGUGCUCCGCUACGACUACGACGCCGAAGUACCAACUCCUCCUGCUGCUCCAAUCCGUGCCUUCUCCGCCGCUGAAGUCACCAGCUGGGGCGAGUAUUCGUUCCGUCCUCUCUACCCCGAACGCAACCAAGCCCCGUCGGCUGACGAAGUGACACGGCGCCUGAUCAUUACCUGUGAAGAAAAGGAGGAUUUCAAGACUGGUCGUGUUAUCUGGGAGCUAAACCGGCUUUCUUGGACCGAGGAACGCCGUCAGAUUCCCGUUCUUGUUGACAUCUAUAACCGCGGGCAGGACGCUAUCCCCAAUUACGAGGUCGCACUGCACAACUAUGGUUGGGAUCCAGUCACCAAGUUGUUCCCCGCCAAGGUUGGUGAAGUCAUUGAGAUUAUCUGGCAGAACACGGGCUCGCAAUUCUUUACAAUCACCGGCCUUGUAGAAAGCCACCCGUUCCACGCACAUGGCCAGCACUACUACGACAUCGGCGCCGGCCCCGGCUACUACGACCCUGAGGUCAACAACAAGAAGCUUGAGGAGACCGGUUUCCGGUCCGUCAAGCGCGACACGACCAUGCUGUUCCGUUAUCAAGACAAGGUGAAGCCCGGCCAGGCCGCGGGUUGGCGUGGCUGGCGCAUCCGUAUUGAUCACCCCGGCGUGUGGAUGCUCCACUGCCAUAUCCUGACACACAUGAUGAUGGGCAUGAACACAGUCUGGGUUAUUGGCGACGCAGACGACAUCUUGACCAUCCCGUUGUCUAUCAGCCAACACUAUCUCAAGUACGGCGGCGAUGUAUACGGCAAUAUCACGCACGCACCGGUUGUCUACCAUUUCUUUAACCAGACGAGCAAGUGCAUUGAGUAA